AUGCUCAGUGCUUGUGGUGCGAGCGUCAUACCAAGCGUCCGUGUCUCGAAUACGGAUACCAUGGUCGCCUUGUCUUCGUGCUUCAACCUGAUGAACGUUAUCGCCGUAGACUUGGUUCAUAUAUUGAACUAUCAUGGUCUCAUUACAGCUGCAAAGCACUAG